AUGGUAUCCUCGGCGGAUUUCUUGAAUCGAGGAGGGUUUUCUUAUGUCUUCGGGCCUUUGCAACCCGAAGAGCUUCUCGUGGCAGUCACUAGACCAUCGACCCCAAUACCUGAGACCUGCUCUAUCAUAGGCACUUUAUCCGCACCCAACUCUCAGGUUCCUGGUUGUAAUACCAAUUCCCCGAACGCCCUUCAUUGCAAUUUCAGCAACUGGCUCACGGUGGUUUCUUAUGUGGGAACUGAAGAAAGAUAUGACUCUCGAAGAUGGGCUUGUGUAUUCGAGAAUAGGGCGUACCGUGUAAUUUGA